AAGUGAAGAUGCAGUCAAUCAGAUGGCUGUUACUCCUUUCCCGUUACCUUCCAACUCCCACUCUUCUAUUGAGGAUCAUGGUGGCACUGAACCUGCAAGCAGCGAAGAAGACCCGAGUUUGGAAGUUGUCAUGAAAAGCUUGACUGAUGAGGAAUCCAACAAAGCUGUAAGUGACUUAAAGCGGUGUAAUUCACCUGGUUUUAUUGCUGUUCUUGCUCAACUUGGCAAGAAACUUCUGAGGGAUUACAAGGUCCUCAACCAGAUCAAACAAUCCAAAUCUUCAGCAAAAGUACCCGUCAACUUACAGGAGAUACCCCUUGUGCCAGCACCUACUUAUCUUUCUCCAGAGGCAGAAGUCACCAACCGUAGCAUCUUUCCACCUCCAUUGCCUGUGGAUCCAGCAACGUGUCCUAUAGUUCCAGGGCAGGAGAUGACUAUAGAGAUAUCUAAGGGUCGGUCAGGCCUAGGACUCAGCAUCGUUGGGGGGAAAGACACUCCACUGGAUGCCAUAGUGAUCCAUGAAGUUUAUGAAGAAGGGGCAGCAGCCCGAGAUGGCAGGCUUUGGGCCGGUGAUCAGAUUCUGGAGGUGAACGGGAUCGAUCUGCGGAAUGCCAGCCAUGAAGAAGCUAUCACUGCCCUGAGACAGACGCCCCAGAAGGUGCAGUUGGUUGUUUAUAGAGAUGAAGCCCAUUACAAAGAUGAAGAAAACUUAGAGAUUUUCUAUGUAGAUAUACAAAAGAAAAUGGGUCGAGGACUAGGGCUCAGCAUAGCUGGAAAACGAAAUGGAAGUGGAGUGUUUAUCUCUGACAUUGUUAAAGGAGGAGCUGCAGACCUAGAUGGAAGAUUAAUUCAAGGAGAUCAGAUUUUGUCUGUAAAUGGAGAGGAUAUGAGAAAUGCCUCACAAGAGACUGUUGCCACUAUACUUAAGUGUGCCCAAGGCCUAGUGCAUCUUGAGCUUGGGAGAUUGCGAGCUGGAUCAUGGCUGUCAUCACGGAAAACAUCCCAGAACAGUCAGGUGAGCCAACAGAGUGUCCAUAGCCACUUCCACCCUGCGCUUGCUCCAGUCCUCUCUACCUUACAGAAUUUUGUCAGCACUAAAAGAUCUUCAGCAGAUGUGUCUCAGAGAAACUCAGAUAUGGGCCCAAGGACUGUGGAGAUAACAAGGGGACCAAAUGAUGCACUUGGUAUCAGUAUAGCAGGAGGGAAGGGAAGUCCAUUAGGAGAUAUUCCCAUCUUCAUUGCCAUGAUUCAAGCCAGUGGUGUGGCUGCACGUACCCAAAGACUCAGAGUUGGAGAUCGGAUUGUCAGUAUUAAUGGGCAACCUUUGGAUGGGCUGUCUCAUGCAGAUGCGGUUAAUCUACUAAAGAAUGCUUAUGGGAGCAUUAUCCUGCAGGUUGUGGCUGAUACCAACAUCAGUGCCAUUGCUACCCAGCUGGAGAGCAUGUCUGCGGGAUGCAACCUUAACUCUUCUUCUGAGCAUCCUUCUGAAGAUCCCGAAGCACCUCAGCCUAAGAUUAUUACUUUGGAGAAAGGCUCUGAUGGACUGGGAUUUAGUAUUGUAGGGGGGUAUGGAAGUCCCCAUGGAGACCUGCCCAUUUAUGUCAAGACUAUAUUUGCCAAGGGAGCAGCUGCGGAUGAUGGCAGACUGAAGCGUGGCGAUCAGAUUUUAGCAGUUAAUGGGGAAGCUUUGGAAGGUGUUACUCAUGAGCAAGCUGUAGCUAUUCUGAAGCGCCAGAAAGGAACUGUAACAUUAACGGUGUUAUCAUGAAUGUCAUUGCUUGCGGAGAUAAAUACAAUUAUUUUAGAACAUCAGUAGAGCUAUAAUAAUACUGUUCAGCCCUGAGCAGGAUGUAAAGCAAACGCUGGCAAAAAUGAAUCAGUAUUCACCCUGUUGCCAGAAAGGGUAGUGUGUGUCUCGAGCUUCAUUUAGCCUUCCACAUUUAUCAGCCUUUCUCCCCACCCUCCCCUACUUCUGGUGGCUUUUGAGGUUUCUCUGGACAAGUUUAAUUAAGAAACUUCAAAGAACAAUAUCCAUUUUACUUUAUUUAUACAUCGGUUUCUCCCUGCUAGUCUGAACCCCAGUUAC